GGUUGUGUUAGGGGUUGUGCUUGUCGAACCAUUGAUUGCACUGUUGUGUUUCCUUUUCAGUCUUCCACUACGUAGUGAGGAAGCGGUGUUUUGUUAAUAAACGAUUGGAGUCAAGUCACUGCCGUGUUCGCAACGCUUUUCUUCAUUUUCAACAAAAAAGAGGAAGAGUUUCUAACAUGUUUUCCUUUAAUAUGUUUGACCACCCCCUUCCAAGGGCAUUCCAGAGUCGUUUCUCCACCCAGUACCGCUGCUAUUCAGUGUCUAUGUUAGCAGGCCCUAAUGACCGUUCUGAUGUGGAAAAGGGAGGCAAAAUUAUAAUGCCUCCAAGUGCUCUAGAUCAGCUCAGUCGACUUAACAUUACAUAUCCAAUGCUAUUUAAAUUGACCAAUAAAAAUUCAGACCGGAUGACACACUGUGGUGUUUUGGAAUUUGUGGCAGAUGAGGGAAUAUGCUACCUUCCCCACUGGAUGAUGCAGAAUUUGCUUUUAGAAGAAGGUGGUCUUGUUCAGGUUGAAAGUGUGAACCUUAUGGUUGCAACUUACUCCAAAUUCCAGCCACAGAGUCCGGAUUUCCUUGAUAUAACUAAUCCCAAAGCAGUGUUAGAAAAUGCUUUAAGGAAUUUUGCAUGUUUGACAACAGGAGAUGUAAUUGCAAUCAACUACAAUGAAAAAAUAUAUGAACUUCGAGUGAUGGAGACCAAACCUGACAAGGCUGUUUCCAUUAUCGAGUGUGACAUGAAUGUGGAUUUUGACGCACCAUUGGGAUAUAAAGAACCAGAGAGAAAACAACAGCAACAUGAGGAAUCCCCAGAAGAGGAGGCAGAUCACAGCAGCUAUGCAGACAUGGAUGUGGGAUUCAGAGCAUUCACAGGCUCAGGAAAUCGACUUGAUGGAAAGAAAAAAGGAAUUGAACCCAGUCCAGCACCACUAGAUCCCAGUGAUAUAAAAAGAGGCAUUCCUAAUUAUGAAUUCAAAAUUGGGAAAAUCACUUUCAUCAGGAAUUCACGGCCUCAACCUAAGAAAUUGGAAGAUGAGGAUGCAGUAAGCCGAUUUAUAGCCUUUUCAGGUGAAGGCCAGUCGCUACGAAAGAAAGGAAGAAAGCCCUAAAUGAACCAGGGCCAAACUACUCUAAACAGAAUGGCUUGAGUUAUUGUACAUCAUGUCAAAGCCUACAGAUGGUUUAAAAACCAAAGCGUAUCAACUUCUGUACAAAGAGAGUACAUUUCUUCUUUUGAUGGCUGUUUCUGUAGUAAAAAUGAGAGCUGGAGUUGCUCUUUUUGUACCUGGCCUUAUUUUGAAAUGAACUGACUUGAGGGGCUAUUUCAGAGGACUUUGUUUAGGAAUAAUUCUGUGAUCUUUUUUUAUAAUUGAAUUAUUCUGUAGUUUAAGGAAAAUAGAUCACAAAAUGUCAAACAACGUGUUUUUCUUGAUACUAAAGUGGUAAGUACAGUAUUUUUCAAGCCUAAGUUAUUUGUUUUAGUUAUGCUUUAUAUUCAUUUGCUACGUGUAGUUCUCUAAAGUAAAGCAUUUUUAUAAACUUAAAAAAA